UGUAGGGUUUAAUUGAUAGCCAGACUCCAGUUAAGAAAUAUAUUGAUAUUUAUCCAUUUGAAAAGMGACAUUUUAUUAAGAAUUAUUGCAGUGUUCUUGCACAAUUCAAUGACAUUCAAUAUUCAAAUGAURAAAAUUACGUUCUUACUUGUAAUUUUUAUUAUUUCUCAUGUAAAUUCAAUGGAUUAUAAAUUUCCAAAUGACUUUAUGUUUGGUACUGCAACUGCUGCUUAUCAAAUAGAAGGAGGCUGGAAUGAAGAUGGAAAAGGAGAAAAUAUCUGGGAUCAUCUGGUUCAUACUAGUCCGGAAUUAAUAAGAGAUAGAACAAAUGGAGAUAUUGCCUGCGAUUCCUACCACAAGUAUAAAGAAGAUGUAGCAUUAGCAAAAAAUUUAAAUGUGAAAUUUUAUCGUUUUUCCAUAUCAUGGGCUCGAAUAGCACCAUCGGGAGAAAUGAAUAAAUUAAAUCAAAAAGGAAUAGCAUACUAUAAUCRUAUUAUUGAUGAACUUAUUGAAAAUAAUAUAAUGCCAAUUGUAACAAUGUAUCAUUGGGAUCUACCACAAUAUCUACAAGAUCUUGGUGGUUGGGUGAAUCCAAUCAUGUCAGAUUACUUUAAGGAAUAUGCAAGAGUGUUGUUUACUUAUUAUGGAGACAGAGUAAAAUGGUGGAUUACAAUUAAUGAACCAUUAGAGGUUUCCACUGGUUAUGCUUUUAAUUCUUUUGCACCAUACUUACGUUUAAAUAAUGCUGGGUAUUAUUUGGCUGGUCAUACACAACUUAUUGCCCAUGGAAAAGCUUAUAGGUUGUAUGAAGAGAUUUUUAGAUCUACUCAACAAGGAAAAAUAAGCAUUUCAAUAAGUGGAUUAUUUUACUUGCCAAAAAAUGCUGAUUCACUAGAUGAUAUAAAUACUGCUGAGAGAGCCAAUCAAUUUGAAGUAAUAGAAUAA